CGGCCCCGCCUCCGGCCGCCGGCGCGUCACGUGACGGAUCGGCUGCGCCGGCGGUUGCUGUCAGCUGAUUGCCCUGCUGGUAGCAGCGCCAGCCGCGGUCAUGGACUUUCUCCUGGGAAACCCGUUCAGCUCUCCGGUGGGACAGCGCAUCGAGAAAGCUACCGAUGGCUCCCUGCAGAGCGAGGACUGGGCCCUCAACAUGGAGAUCUGCGACAUCAUCAACGAGACGGAGGAGGGCCCCAAGGAUGCCUUCCGAGCCUUGAAGAAGAGAAUGACAGGGAACAAGAACUUCCAUGAGGUGAUGCUGGCUCUGACGGUCCUGGAAACCUGUGUCAAGAACUGUGGGCACCGCUUCCACGUGCUGGUGGCCAGCCAGGACUUCGUGGAAGGUGUGCUGGUGCGCACCAUCCUGCCCAAGAACAACCCACCCACCAUCGUGCACGACAAGGUGCUGAGCCUCAUCCAGUCCUGGGCUGACGCGUUCCGCAGCUCACCUGACCUGACAGGCGUGGUGGCCGUCUACGAGGACCUGCGGAGGAAGGGCCUGGAGUUCCCCAUGACAGACCUGGACAUGCUGUCGCCUAUCCACACACCCCAGAGGACUGUGUUCACUUCAGAGACCCCACCAGGACAGAACUCUCUGGGCUCCAAAGCCAGACAGCAAGGAGACCUGAGCCAGUACCUGGCUCCCGUGCCUGCCCCUGCCACGCUGCCCGGCGACACGCCCAUCACGCCAACCCCUGAGCAGAUCGGGAAGCUUCGAAGUGAGCUGGAGCUGGUGAGCGGGAAUGUCCGAGUUAUGUCGGAGAUGCUGACUGAGCUGGCACCCACCCAGGUGGAGCCUGCCGACCUGGAGCUCCUGCAGGAGCUGCACCGGACGUGCCACGCCAUGCAGCAGCGGGUCCUCGAGCUCAUCCCCCGCAUCUCCAACGAGCAGCUGACAGAGGAGCUACUCGUGGUCAACGAUAACCUGAACAACGUGUUCCUGCGCCACGAGCGGUUUGAACGGUUCCGGACAGGCCAGACCAGCAAGGCCCCCGGGGAGGCGGACCCAGCAGCUGACCUGAUCAACAUGAGUGCUGACCCCACGGCCACCAACAGCCUGGAGUCCCAGCUGGCCGGAAUGAGUGUGGGCUCCAGCAGCGUGCGGGCUGGGCUGCAGUCCCUGGAGGCGUCAGGACGCCUGGAAGACGAGUUUGACAUGUUUGCGCUUACCCGGGGCAGCUCACUGGCCGACCAGCGGAAAGAGGUCAAAUAUGAAGCUCCCCAGGCAACAGAUGGGCUGGCUGGGGCCCUGGACGCCCGGCAGCAAAGCACUGGAGCAAUACCUACCACCCAGGCCAGCCUCAUGGAGGACAUUGAGCAGUGGCUGUCCACGGACGUGGGGAACGACCCAGAGGAGGCCACAGGGGGCGUCACCAGCGAAGAGUUCGACAAGUUCCUGGAAGAACGGGCCAGAGCCGCAGACCGGCUGCCCAGCUUCACCAGCCCCUCGGCCCCCGGCCCCCCUUCAGGCCUGGCACCCAGCAAGAAGGCCCAGGGGAAGGGAGAAGACACGCUGUUUGCCCUGUGAGCUGGCCAGGUUGCUCUGGGCGGCUGUGUGAGGAGUUUGGGGUGGGGCCGGCUCUCCUCCGGGACCCCACUGCUCCCGCCUCCACUGCACCCCAACGGAGACUGCCGAGCACUCCUGGCUGCGGGCAGGCCUGGGUCCCUAGGGCCAGCGUCGAGGUACGAAGCUGCACGUGGAGCCUGCUGCAAGAGGCCUCGGUGAUGCCAGGCCGCUCCUGCCACGGCCUCUGCCUUCUCUUAGCGGCUCCAUCCGCCCACCAGGCCCUGCUGGCAGUCUCUUGACAGGGACAGGUGCCUUUCCUACCCCCAAUAAAGGUAGAAAGCCGUCCCAUCCACCA